AUGUGGUUAGAGUAUAAGAAGCAAUUGCCUUUACUUAAUACUGUGAGAUACCAACGAUGUAUAGUUCUCAAUUCUUCGAUUGACAGCCAAUUGCAUGGUUUUUGCGACGCGAGCGAGAAGGCGUACGGUGCUUGUUUGUAUCUUCGUUCGACAGAUAAUCGCGGAAAUUACCAUUGUGAGCUCAUAUGCUCUAAAUCACGCGUCGCUCCGCUCAAAACAAUGACCUUGUCAAAACUCGAGUUAUGCGCCGCCGCACUACUCGUUCAGUUAUUUAAUUCCACGAUUCGCUCUCUUCAGAUAGACUUUUCGAAGAAGGUUUUUUGGUCAGAUUCGACGAUCGCGUUAAAUUGGAUAAAUUCUCCACCUCACACACUAUUAACUUUCAUAGCUAAUCGAGUUUCCGAAAUUCAAGCAACGACUAAGCCUACAGACUGGCGACACGUUCCCACUCUCGAUAAUCCCGCGGAUUGUAUAUCGCGCGGUCAAGGUCCUCACGAUUUUUUAACUAACACUCUUUGGACACACGGUCCGCAGUGGUUGAGUUGUCACGAAAACAAUUGGCCUCAAUUUGAUUUCAAGCUUUCAGAGGUCCCAGAAAAACGUUCACCAAAAACCGUGGUAUCGUUUAAGAUUACUCAAGCAGGUAUUAAUAUUAUCAUAAAAUACAGCAACUUUAAAAAACUACAACAUGUCAUCGCGUAUUGCGUGAGAUUUAUCAGAAAUGUAAAGAUUAGAGUCAAGACUUCUAGACAAAUGGGUCCACUUGUACCAAACGAGCUCAAUUCAGCAUCACGUAUAAUAUUAAAAUGGACACAAUAUGAGGUUUCUUCUUCAGAAAUCCGGGCUUUAUCUAAAGGUAAACAAGUGGAUCAGAAAAGCAGUCUCUUCCGGUUGAAUCCAUUUUUAGACGAUGGUUUAAUUAGGGUCGGCGAAAGAUUAGAUCGGGCCCCGAUCCCUGAGUCCCAAAAACAUCCGAUCAUUCUCCCUAAAAAUCAUCACGUCACGAAAUUAAUCAUCCGGGAUGAACAUCUUAAAAAAUUACAUGCUGGAAUGAAUGCAACAUUGUACGGAGUUCGAGAGACGUAUUGGCCUAUUGAUGGACGAAAUGCGACUCGACUCAUUAUUCGAGAAUGCGUCACGUGUUUCCGAGCGAAGCCACGUGAAGUAAACUAUUUAAUGGAAAAUUUACCGAAAACUCGACUUUCAUUAACACAACCUAUUUUUGAUGUGGGCGUUGACUUUUGUGGUCCAUUUUACACAAAGGAGCAUCGUCAUCGCAAUAGGACAAAAAUAAAAACGUACGUAUCGGUGUUCGUUUGCUUUGCUACAAAAGAUGUUCAUUUGGAAUUAGCAAGUGACCUAACGACAGACGCGUUCCUCGCCUGCUUAAAACGCUUCUUUGCACGUCGCGGAAUUGCACAAUCUAUGAAUUCAGACAAUGCUAAGAACUUUGUUGGAGCGAACAAUGAUUUAAAGAAAGUGUCGAAGCAGUUAACUGAAAUGAUUGAAAGUAAUAAAGAUCAGGAAUUUUUAUCAAGUAAGGAAAUUAAUUGGCGUUUCAUACCGCCUAGAGCACCUCACUUUGGAGGUCUUUGGGAGGCUGGGGUAAAAUCCUUCAAGUAUCAUUUUGUUCGAAUAGCUGGAAACACAUUGCUCACGUAUGAACAACUGCAUACAUAUGUCAUUGAGAUUGAGGCAAUCCUCAAUUCGCGUCCUCUCACCCCAUUGUCUUCCGAUCCUAACGAUAUCCUCCCACUCACUCCAGCUCAUUUCUUGAUUGGGAGUUCUUUGACUGCUUUACCGCAAGAAGAUUUACGUCUUGUUCCAGAAUACCGCCUAAACUGUCGGGACUUGGUUCAACAAAAGAGACAGCAUUUCUGGAACCGAUGGCAAAAGGAAUAUUUAAAUGAGAUGAUCGCACGCAGCAAGUGGCAAUCGACGACUCACCAAGACAACAUCGCUAUCGGGACUCUUGUGGUUGUCAAGGAAGACAAUCUCCCCCCUUUGAAGAGGAGUCUCGCACGCAUCAUCGAGAUUCACCCUGGACAAGAUGGAAUCGUCCGAGAAGUAACUUUUAAGGGUAAAUCUGGUAUCGCUAGAAGUGCGUUGAAAACAUUGUAUCCAUUACCCAUCGACUAA